CUCUUCCCUUCAUCCUCCCGAAAGAAGAAGUGAGACAGUGAGGAGGACAGAGACCCCUCCUCCUCCUCCUCCUCCUGUCGUCCCGCCGCGCGUCAAGCGCUUCACUCCGGUCUCUGUGUCCGGAGCGCACGGACGCAUUCGCGGGGAGCGGGAAGACAAACGAGCUGGCCGGGGAGGGUUCGAUCCCCACUUACUUCGUUCUGAUGAGGUCCACAGCCGAGGACGUGGGGGGCGAUGGAGGGCAGGGGCUGGGGCGGACUUCAGUCCAAACUCCUAAUGUCUGAUUUUAACAAGAUCUGACGGAUUACGCGCGAGAAUCCGGAGGAUUUACCGUCGCGCGCAGCUCUCUGUAUUUUCUUAUUAAAUUCCCGAUGGCAGCGGAGAGCCGCGCGGCAGCCCAGACCAGCGCGCGCGGGAACCAGAGCGGACCGAGCCGGCAUCCGUGAGCGCACCAAACGCACGCGCAUGGAGGAAGUGCACGCCGUCUGCGUGUGAACGCAUGUCAGGAAUGGAGCUGCGCGCCGAUGACAUCUGACAUGGAGGCUGUGGGAGCGGCGAACACGACGCAGGCUGGACUCCGCCUCUUGGCCACGCCUGACGACGGGCCCAGUCAUCUGGAUUACCGGGAUUACGCCCCGUUGCCGGCUCUGCCCACGGGCUUUGAGGGCGUCAGCUUCCCGGAGGACCCCAUCCGCCUGCUGAGUGUGCAGGUGGUGUUGAUCUUGGCCUACAGCACCAUCAUCGUGCUGGGGGUUCUGGGUAAUUCUCUCGUCAUCUACGUCAUCUAUCGCUUCAAGACGCUACGGACCGUCACCAACUUCUUCAUCGCUAAUCUGGCCGUGGCCGACCUGCUGGUCAACACGCUGUGCCUGCCCUUCACUCUGGUCUACACGCUGCAGGGCGAGUGGAAGUUCGGCAGCACCCUCUGCUUCCUGCUGCCCUACGCCCAGGGGCUCGCCGUGCACGUCUCCACGGUGACCCUCAACGUCAUCGCCCUGGACAGACAUAGGUGCAUUGUGUACCACCUGGAGACCAGGAUGCGCAAAGACGUGUGCUUCGGCGUGAUCGCUCUGACGUGGGUGCUGAGCGCCGUGCUGGCCAGCCCUCUGGCCAUCUUCAGGGAGUACGGCUCCUUCACGCUGGAGCCGGGACACACCAUCCAGGUCUGCACGGAGAAAUGGCCCGGAAAAAGCACCGACGGCACCAUCUACAGCAUCUCCAUGCUGAUCCUGCAGUACUUCCUGCCUCUGUCCAUCAUCUCCUUCGCCUACGCUCGUAUCUGGUCCAAACUACGGGGCCACGUCAGCCCAGCUGAGGGCGGCGCCAACAGCAGCGCCGGCUCCGAGCGCCACCGUCGGCGACGGAAAACCACUAAGAUGCUGGUGACCAUGGUGGUGGUGUUUGCCGUCAGCUGGCUGCCCUUCCACGCCUUCCAGCUCGCCACCGACAUCGAUAACAAGGUGCUGGACAUGCGUGACUUCCGCCUCCUCUACACCAUCUUCCACGUGGUGGCCAUGUGCUCCACCUUCGCCAACCCGCUACUCUACGGCUGGAUGAACCGCAACUACCGCGCCGCCUUCCUGGCAGUGUUCAAGUGUCGCCGGGGGGCGGACAGAGGGAGGAGCGGUCGACUGGACAUGGUUCAUCCCAUCAAUGGAGGGGGCGGUGGGCGGGCGAAGAAGAUAGUCCUGGAAACCCAGGAAGCCGUUUCUGCACACCUGGACGCCACAGAUGUUUGAGAUCGUCGGGGAGUCUGAGACAAGGAGAAGAAAUACAGAUGGUGGUAAACUUUUCUCCCGUUGAAAACAAUAGAUCCACGCAAGGACUCAACACGGAAGAGAGGCGAGAUAAAGCAAAAAAUAGAAGCGGCGGAGUGGGAGGCAGCCAGCGGUGGGGAUUAAAGAUCUCUGAGAAACCCAGAACAGAUGAGGCAGAGAAGACAAUCUGGGAUUAGAUGGACCCUUCAGAGGAGACAUGCUUCUUUUCAAACAAUUCAAGCAUUAUCUUCUUGGGGACGUGACCUCAACAUGGAGAACACGGUGGAUGGAUUUGUGUUUAGGAGGGAAAGAUGGGUUUCUAAUAGGCUUUAGGCCCGUCUUCACAUGCUGAUUCAGAUGCUGUCAAACGGCUUUUUGAGCUUGGAAGGACGCGUGAUGCAAACUCGCCAAAACCUCAGACUUCAGAGCACGGAGAGGCGUUUAAAAUAAAAAGGAAGAAGGACCAAAAUUAGACCUUACAAAAGGUAAAAAAUAAAUAAAAGUGUCUCAUUUCUAAAGCUUUGGGAUGGGAAGCUUUUGUUUUAUUGCUUGUUACACGACAGUAAAAAAAAAAAGCAAAAGAGACGAGGGCAGGAGAGGAAGGAGCGCCGAGGGCAUCAGUGGGAGGCAGAAGGAGGAAACUGGGGGCUAAUGAGGCAGAGAGCUUUCACACCAACCAGCUGUAAUUGGGUUGACAGACGGGCAAAAAUAUUUGGAAAACCAAAAGGUUAUGUUGGCGAUGUUUUUCUUUCUGGUUUAACUGCUGAUGCCUGUUUGUCCCUGACCACCAUCGUCUCAUGUUAGACUCUGAAAAGGAGCAGAUGGUUGUUUUAAAAUGAUGAUAAAACUUUCAUUUAAGGAUAAUUAGAUGAUCUUUGGGGUUCUGCCGACAUUUGAACAUUUUAUUUUAUAAAUAAAUAAUCAUUUUGGAAUAGAUUUGAUAAAUGAUCCACCUUAAAAGGAGAACAUUCUCAUCUAUUUGGCUGCUGGGGCUCAUAACUGGUUACUAAGAUGAUUUGUGUAACAAAGACUUUACUGCAUUUUAAUUUGGACACGUAUCUAUUGUUAUAUUCACUCAAUCUAUCAGGGGUCUCUGUUAGAGCUACUUUAGGUCUUACCAGUAAACUGGUGUUACGCUGUCUGCUGUAAGCCGCUAAGUAGAACCCAGUAAAGGAGGUUUUAGUUCCAGUUCCUUCUCAAUGCUUGACGUUUCCUAAAGAGUCAUUGGCCCACAGAUGCAGUGGCACUUCUGGCUCGAAAGGCAUUUUGGGCAAACCACUCCAGAUCGACCCCCCACCCCUUACACUUUUUUCUGAGAAUUUUAGUUUUUUCUUGGAAAUAAUUAAACAGGAAACCAUUUAUUUCUUUUGUUGAAAAGGAGUUAAAAUGCUCAGCCAGGUGAGACUUGCGGUGAUAAUUACAGGUACUGAGAAUGACGUCUUUGUGCCUUUAAUUGUCUUUUGUGCGACUCCUCAUGCUGCCCCUGACUAUGACCUGCAAACCCUCGUCUACAUCAGUCAGAUGUUCCAACCUUCACAUGGAAACUCAUUUUUAAUUUUAACCGGAUUUGUGAUCCGCUUGUUACCUAAACUGACCUUUGCUGAGGUUGUCUUGUAAACGUUACAGACCUGCUGGAGGUUCAUCAUCUCUCUGUGUUUGGAGUUUUUAACCAGCAUCUAUCAAUGUUAACUGCUUUUCUAAUUCACUAAAGCCUACAGGCUGUGUUGAAAUAAUUCACAUAAUAUUAACUAGAUGGUUGAUAAUAUUAAGCUCCCAGCCAUGAGUUUGUGGUAGAAACACAAAAGGUUUACCACUCCGAGGAUCAGAAUUGGACCUUACAAACAAAACUUCUGCUCUGAGAUACUUCAAACAUCAACAGUGCUCCAAAGUAUUACAAUUAACCCUUGUGGUAUCCUGGGCACUUUAACAUUGGGAGUGGGGUC